CCUCACUCAUUCUACACUGCGACUCUGACUCGCAGUCCGUCCUACUCUCCUCUCUAUCUAGCCCCCGUGUCGUUCUCUUUCGAAUCGACACACAGGCACAAGCACGACUGCUUGGCGAUUUUGGGGGAAGUGGCAAAACGUCUUGGUUGAUCUGGUGUCUGCUCUGCUCGGGCAUUGUGCUUCAGUAGUAGUGCGACGAAUAACGCGCGUGCAAGUUGUUUCUCGUUCCGCUUCCUUCGGACAUUCUCACUCAUUGUGAGGGCAGUCCAGCGUCUGCCGACUGGGCUCGCUCCCAUCAGCUCCAUAGCUCGCCCAAGAGGCAGCAGCACGCUUCGGCAGAUUCCUCCUCCCCGCCGCGCAACCGCUUCUCGUUCAUUCCUCCUCGCCGUUCAGCAUGUCGCGAUUGACCUUUCGACCACCAUCGCAGCAAGUACGAGCGUGGAUCACUUCGUUCAUGCUGCUGCUCGAUCUCAAAGUGGGAUGCACAGUAAUCACCUUUUUCGCACUGUUCAACAAGAUUGCCGGCAUAUUCGGCAUCAUUGCCGUCUUUAGCGGAGGAACCUUUGCGCAGAUCACGCUCUACAUCUACAGCAUCGGCACGAUCGGAUUGCUAUUGUGGGCAUUGAGGGCCAUUUCGGAUGAAGAUGCGAGCAAAACCUUGAGAUUCGCUCACCUCUUCCUGGCCGAUCAUCUCGUCUCUUCCUUUUGGACAUUGCACUUUGCCAUGGAUUGGUACACUCUGCAACCUCAUGAUGGAUCCAAACCUCAGUUGGCGCCUCAUCAAGCAGGUCUGAUGGAUCUCAUCGAAAAGAUUGAGAAUAGCUACGAGAUUCCUGGAAGCAUCAAACAUCACGUGCCCCUGGCUGGACAGGAGAGGGUGGAUGCUGCUCAGCAAGUGUGGAAGGAGGAGAGGAGCUUUUCGGCCGCUGUGCUCGCAGCUGGGUGGGUGCUCAAGGUGUACUUUGCCCUCAUCCUCUAUUCGUACGCCCUUCAUCUACGCCACGGCACCUACCACUCGCUCUGGCAAUCCAAAUCAGGCACGGCAGGUCAGGGCCAUUUGAGGAUGCGCUCUAGGGGCUAUCAACAAGUGCCCGCAGAAGCUCACGAUCUGCCUCGCUCUCAAUCGAACCAUGCACGUGCUGGCGAUGCGAAUGGAGGGGUGGACGAACUGCCUCCUUGGAGCGAAGAGGAGGAUGAGGGUGAAGAAGAGGAGGAUGAGAAUGAGGGAAGAGCAAGGAUACCGGCAGUUCGGCUUGACCGGCCUGCGGAGGAUGCGAAGGCGUAUGCGAGCCAGAAGGCUUCGAAUGCCCGCAUGACGCGCACUGCCUCUAGCUCUAGCACGAGGGAAUCCUGAUGAGUUUGCCUCUCAUCGAAAGCAUCGCAAUAGAUAUGACGCGCGUGCGAGCUCAGUCCAUCACGUU